ACAAGACUAAAUAACUUUUAAGUUAUAUCCAUUAAUAUGAACGAUACACUGAAAACGCCGAAAGUUUUUAUGCCUUUUGUACCAAUUGGUUUUUCAUACCAAUGAGGACUCGAAACUAAUAAUGCAAAGAUAUUUUUUUCUUUGUAAAUAGUUUAUCCAAAUUUUCGCGCUUCAGUUUGCUACUGCGGCAUACCGACCACGCGUUAUUAGUGAAAUAAUAUUAUUAAUUUGUUUCUUCUAAAAGUGUUUGUAGUAAUUACAAUGAGUGGUACAGCAGCAUCCUUAUCGUGCCCAAUAUGUACACAUACUGGAGUAUUCGAUUCUGUGAAAUCACUUAGAGAUAGACUAAUACAUGUCUCUACAAAUAAAAUACUGUGUCAAGUAUGUCAGGAAGAAGUAAGUGGAUUAGACAAACUGACCAUACACUUAUUUACCCACGUAAAAUUAUUAACAACGAAAGGAUAUUCAGAAAAACUAGAUAAUAUUACUAAUACGUCAAAUUCCACUACGUUACUCAACGAAACUAGCAAUGCACUUCAAAAAAAGACAAAGCCAGCUGGAUCUAAAAAUAAAACAACGUUAUCGAUAACAAACAUGCCGAUAAAAUAUGUGAAGAUAUAUCCCAAGUUACCAGUUAUUUCUCUUAACCCUGUACCUGUUAUAGAUAUAACCAGAACAUCUGAAGAGAAAUGUGUACAAGCCAGCAAUCCCAUGUUUGUACCGGUAAUAAAGGCAGAUACGACUCUUAUACAAACAAAUACAACAUGUAGUGUUUGUGGCUUACAAUUUGUAGACGGUGAUGUUUUAAAAAUCCAUAAAUGCUUGAUGCAUAGUACUGAUGGAAAUAUAAACCAAAACAUUUCACGAUACAAUUGUCAUAUAUGUCCUAAAAGUUUUAAAAUGAGAGGUUCUCUAAUGGUUCAUUUAAGAGUAGCACAUUGUGGACUUCUGUCUAGAAAUCAUAGUUCCAUCACUAAUACAGAUAUACAGGACUCAGAACGAAAAAUACAAGAACCAAUACAGGAAGAUAAAUUAUCUACUUUAGAAAGAACCGAUAAUAAACAAUGGCAAUGUGAUGUAUGUCAAAAAUUCUUUACAACUAAGUAUUUCCUGAAGAAACAUAAACGUCUUCACACAGGUGAGACGCCCUAUGCAUGCACGCAGUGCAAUAAAACUUUUACUUUUCAACAGUCUUAUCACAAACAUUUACUAUAUCAUAAUGAUGAAAAGCCUCAUACAUGUAAUUAUUGUGGCCGCUCAUUUAAAGAGCUCUCAACUCUUCACAAUCAUCAAAGAAUUCACACAGGGGAAAAACCAUUCUCUUGUGAAACAUGUGGAAAAUCUUUCCGUCAAAGGGUAUCAUAUUUAGUUCAUCGACGUAUACACACUGGUGUUAUGCCUUACAAAUGUACAGCAUGCGAAAAAAGUUUUCGAUACAAGGUGUCACAGCGAACUCAUAAAUGUCCAUCUAAACCACCAGGUGUAGUCGUACGUCAAGUAGGCAAUCUCGUGGAAAAACUUAGAAAAAAACAUGCCGAUUCUGAAAUAACAGAUCUAAAAGAACGAGCCCACAAUAUAAUGUAUUCUGAAAUAUCUGAAGCUAAUGCAGAAUUGGUUCGUAAGGGAGCUAAACUUUCUUUAGAAGACAUGGAAUCUGAUAAUUUUACGUUAAUUGCGGAUACACUUGGAGAGGAAAAUAAUGAACAUAAAAAAAUGACACUGCCAGCCUCUGGAGAAGUUAAUAUGCAGACCACUGAAAUAUUUGACUCAAAUUUAGAACUUAUUGAAUCUAUUUCAACAGUUGAUAAAAAUAUACCUUCCCCAUCGGAAAUUUUAAAAAAUUUGUGUCUAUCAAAAGAAGAUGACUAUGUGAAUUUACUUUUAUAGACUUUCUUAAUUGUAUUAUAACAACAACACACGAUGUAUAUAAUUAAAACUGUGAAAGAUUUUAUUUUAUUCAGCAAUAGUACAGCAAUGUUUCCUUUAUUAUAGUCUGUAUCACAGUCAAUAAAGCUAUUGUUAAUUAAAU